AUGCCGGAGCUCCGCCUACCGAUAACCGCCCCGGCCGCGGCCGGGUCCCGCCGCCAUUCCCGGAGGCUACGGCGCCGCUGCCGCCUAAUCCUCCUCCUUGUCCUCUCCCUUGCCCUCCUCUCCCUCGCCUACCUCUCCUUUUCCUCCCAUGCCAACCUCCCAAUCCACGCAAUGCAUCAUGGCCUAUCUAAUAGGGAGAACCUUUUGAAGUGGAAUGGUCAGGGAUACAGCCCUGAUGUUACAAAUAUCUCUAUGACUAAAGUUGAGUUGGAACCCCCCAAAAGUCGAAAGAAACCACACAAGCGCUAUGCACCAUGCGAUAUUCAGUUUUUGCCAUCAGUUGAUGAUCUUGUGGAGCCUGUUCACUACGGGAAUUUUACACAGUUUUCUUUGAGCUAUAUAUUGAAGGAAAAAGUAUUGCUUGGUAAUGGCUUCUUCGAACCAGUGUUUGGUGGACACCAGAGUCUUGGGGAUAGAGAAGAGACAUACCAUGCUAAAGACCAAACCCUCCACUGCGGUUUUGUUAGAGGACCAGAUGAUUACCCUAGUACCGGAUUUGAUUUGGAUGAAAAUGAUAGAAGGUAUAUGGCUACCUGCCAUGUUGCUGUAUCAUCAUGUAUUUUUGGAAGCUCUGAUUACUUGAGGAGACCAACUAAAAGCAGGAUUGGCUCUUACGCUAAGAAGAAUGUGUGCUUCGUCAUGUUCAUGGAUGAGCUAACACUGGCAACCCUUUCCUCUGAAGGACACAUGCCUGAUGGAAAUGGAUUCAUAGGCUUAUGGAGAAGUGUCGUAGUUAAGAACUUACCAUACGAAGAUAUGCGAAGAGCUGGGAAGGUGCCAAAAUUUCUAGCUCAUCGACUCUUCCCAUCUGCCAUGUAUUCUAUAUGGUUGGAUAGCAAACUGCGCCUCCAUGCUGAUCCAAUGCUUAUCAUUGAGUAUUUCUUAUGGAGAAAGAAAGUAGAAUAUGCCAUCUCAAUGCACUAUGAUCGCUCUUGUGUAUGGGAGGAAGUACUCCAAAACAAGCGGUUGAACAAGUACAAUCAUACUGCUAUUGAUGAGCAAUUUCACUUUUACCAGUCUGAUGGUCUUGUCAAGUUUAAUAACUCUGGCCAACUGCCUGUUCUUCCAAGCUAUGUACCUGAAGGAUCAUUCAUUGUGCGUGCCCAUACACCAAUGUCUAACUUGUUUUCAUGCCUUUGGUUUAACGAAGUAAACCGUUUUACCUCACGUGAUCAAUUGAGUUUUACAUACACUUAUUUGAAGCUCAGGAGAAAUAAUCCAGGGAAACCUUUUCACCUAAAUAUGUUUAAGGACUGCGAAAGAAGAGCGAUAGCUAAACUGUUCCAUCACCGAACUAACGAGACUACAGAUCCACCAGCAGCUAAUCUUCGUUUGGACACGAUUCGUCAUUCAUACAAGGCUGAGACUGCCAUUUGA